AUGCGACCCGUACCGCAUCUCCCCGACGAAAUUAUCAAGGAAAUCGUAUCACCGGCGUUACUCGUCCCCGACGAAUCGUUUGCCAGCAACUCAUGGAGGUCGCCCUUCUCGUAUUACAAGCUCACGAGCUCGACGAUUCUGGUCGUCUGCAAGGACUGGCUAAGAGUGUCGACACCCCUACUCUACGAAACGGUUAUCCUGCGGUCGAAAGCUCAAGCUGUAGCUCUCGCCGCUACACUGAAGCAGAACGCCCAACUGGGCAUCUUCAUCAAGAAGAUGAGGUUGGAAGGAGGCUACGGAGCCUCUACCUUCGAGAUCAUGAAACGCAGCCCCAACCUGACGGACCUGUGGAUCACGAUUUCUCUAUGGUCCACCGACAGCGUUAGCGGCUAUCGCAAGGGGUUUCGGUUGAUUAGCCCCCGACGGCUGAUUAUCUGCGAGACCGAACAGUCCAGCAAGAAAUCAGCUAUACGCGUGCAACUUUCCAACGGCUUAGCGGAGGCGAUAGGAAAAGAAUGGACCAUAUUGACCAGGACUUCUCUUUGGGUCCGCUUCGGGGUAGAGGCGCUGGAGCCGGUGUACAAAAGCCUUGUCGCUGCUUCAAGGUUGGAGUAUCUCGAGUUCAUGGACCAGCUCCAUUACCCCGAUUCAUUCCAUGACUUGAUGUCCAUCCCCUCUUUGAAAACCAUACGUGUUCAGGCGGAUCGACGCAAGCCUCUGUUCGAUAAACUAUCAUCGGGGAUCCAAGACGCGAUCAUUGUUUACUCGUUGGAUGUUGCAAUGGUGGGAAAGCGGGAUAUUUAUGACAAAGUGCAUUUUGUGCGGAGGGGUGGGCACUCGUCAUUCCGUCGAAGAACCGAGGAGCCAGCCAUUGUUUCGCAUCCCCUGGAUCCUAAUUACCGUCCACUUGCGAAUGCGCCCCUUGAAGACAGGGCCUUCAUCUGGAAAACCAUUCUCCUCAUGCAGCUGGUCUCGCGGAAACAACGUGCUUUUGUUGGAGGGCUAUCGCGCGUGUCUAAAGAAUUCAGGGAAUGGGCUCUUCCCUUGUUAUACGGAGCGCCUUUGCUCGAGACAGAGGCACACAUACGCAAGCUCGUGGCCUCCCCCCACCUACAUCUCACGAAAUACUUGUGCCUAGAGUCUUUCACCCUCGCCGAGCAACCUGGGAUUUCGCACUAUUUGCAGUCAUUAGUUGUUAACGGGUCGGGUUUGAAGACUGUUACCCAGCGGGGAUCCAUCUAUGCGAUUUCGGAUAUGGAUGCGGAUGGUUGCUUCUCCAGCUUCCGUGCUUGCACUGCAAUGUGGGUUGGAGGAGGGCCGGCAUCUGAAGAGGCAGUACUGGAAGAAGUCAGUUUUAAGGCACUGGUCGCUCACUCCGCGGACACACUUCGCCAUCUUCACGUCGCACUUGACAAAUCCGUAUGGAAGCACUCUAUGACCAUCGACACGGCAUUGAAUAUGUAUGUUCAAUUCCGCAACUUGCGGUCCCUGAUUAUCGGCCAAUCUCCCCUCAGCAAGGCAGUGGCUGUCAGCGCGACACGCCCGAUUCCAUCGGAUGCGUUUCCUCUGUUGGAGAAUCUUGCUGUUUAUCACGACUCGGCCCCCCUUCCAUCGGCCUUUUUAGUGGCAUUGACGAAAGCCGACCUUCCAUCCCUUCGGAGACUCGAUUUACCAGCUCCCGAGGCGUCCCAGGCGGCGAAGGCCUUCUUGGAAGUGCACGGAAAGAAACUACGUAUGAUACGCGUAGCUGGCAACUUCCUGAACCUGUUCGCGGAGCUCUGUCCAAAUGUCAUCACCUGGGGAAUGACACGACCAGUGGAAAAUGAAUUCGCUUGUCUUGCCUGUGUUAAGGCAUCGCAUAAUGUUGCCUUGACCAAGAUAAUCGUAUGUCACUACGCUACCGGAAAAGGAUUCCUGAUGGCUCUUGCAAACACCGACCUCUCUGGUCUCACGAAUCUCCGCGAAAUUCGCCUUAUUGAUGUCAAGUGGCCAAAAAAUCAGCGCGAAAUUGACAAAUCGCACUGGGUCCCCCUUGCUGAAACUCUUCUGGAGAAGGCGAACAUCAGGUUGGCGAACUGGAAUGGGGAGUCUUGGACUCCUCGGUUGAAAAUCACGCCUAGGAAAUAG